UUCGGUGUGGUGUAUCCGUUACCUGCUGCCCUCUAUAAACAUUGCACUCGCGCGGCGCAGCCGACAAUGACUCGCAUCAUCGCAACUCUCGAGCAAGCGAACAACACGACUCUCCCGCACAUCGCACACGCUCUUUUCAAAUCAACAAUAACACGCGAAACUUUUAUUUUUACGCCGAUCGAAAGGCAAUCAAGUUCACCGAGUCCAAGAGUCAUGCACCAAUUUUGGAAAAUAAGGCCGCUCAGCAGCCGCCGCGUGUAAAUUAUAAAUUUCCCAAGUAGAGCCGAUUGGCCUAGACAGACGGUGUGCCCUCGUUGCCCCGAUGCACCAAAUUCAAUGGUGCACAAGGACGAGAUCAACGUAAGCCGCGAGAAGAGACGUUAUUUUUUUGCAUCGUCGUCAUUGGCCGCUGCUGCACAUGAGAUCAUACGGCACAAAUUCCAGGUAUAUACGAGAAAGAUCGUUGCAUUUAUUACGAACGCGGGCGAUUACGUGAGCGCUCGAGACUGCACGCAUAUCUGUCUCUCUUCUUUUCUCUCUUUCCACAUCGAGUUGCGUUACCAUACCUAUGUGUAAACACAUUAAUACAGAAACAAUCGUUGAGCUAUAUGCAUGUAGCAGCAGCAGCGAGGCGUGGGCGAUGAGUUUAUAAUCGUUGCGAUACUCGAAUGUUGCAGUGCCUUACAAUACUCAGUUAGCUUGAUCGAUUUCAGAUGUCUGCUACUGACAACGGACUCUCUCUGUCUCAAGUUAUAAUUUUUAUGGAGACGUGCAAUAACGUACUGAUAAACAUCUACACACAGCUGAAGGUAUGCUGACACUGCAAUUUGGACAAUGUGGAAAUCAACUAGGCCAUUCGCUGUUCAGUCAAAUAUCAGCAGAUUUAGAUGCCAAAGAUACAGGUAUUUCAAAGCAAAGUAACAGUGCUUAUACAGAACAAAGUUUUGAAAAAUGGUUUACGGGUAUAAGCAAAGAUGGAAAGAGACUAGCUAGAUCGGUGCUGGUUGAUACCGAGCACAAGGUUGUAAAUAAAAUUUGUAGUGAGUCAUCAGGCAGAUGGGUUUAUCGAUCAAAAAAUUUGGUCUGCCAGUCUGGUGGGGGAUCCGCUAACAAUUGGGCUUAUGGUUCCAUGAUCAAAGGUCCACAACUCAAGACAGAUAUUUUAGAUAUCACAAGAAGAGAAAUUGAAAGAACUGAUUCGUUCAAUGGAAUUUUGCUUCUUCUUAGUUCAGCUGGAGGCACAGGUUCCGGUGUUGGGAGCUAUGCAGUUGACUUAAUCAGAGAUGAAUUUCCUAAUAAAAGUAUAAUAAGCUGCAUUGUACUGCCAUUUUCUUCUGGGGAAGUUGGAGUUCAAAAUUAUAACACUUUAUUGACACUGGCUAAAUUCAAUGAAACUGCUGAUUUAAACUUCAUUUUUCAAAAUGAUCAAAUUCAUUCAAUAUGUACAAAUGUACUGAAAAAUACUGAAACUAGAUUAAUAGAUAUAAAUGAUGUAAUAUCUAAGAAAUUAUGUGCAGUUUUUCAACCAGUCAGUAAUAUUUGGUGUAAUGCCAAUUACAUAACUUCCACAGUUGCAUCUCAUCCUAGUUAUAAAAUGGCUACAAUUAAAAGUACACCAUAUGUACCACCCAUGAUAAAACAAUAUGAAUCAUCUCAGAGUUGGAAAUCAUAUGUAGAACAUUUAAAGGAAACAUUAAGAGUCUCUGCUUUAUCCGAUCCUGAAACCAAAGCUCCAUCUAAAGUCUCAAGUGCAAGAUCUUCAUACUCAUACUGGAAAUCAGUUUCUAAUAUCCUUAUAUCAAGAGGAAAAGUAAUGGAAAAUGAUGCAGUGCCAUAUGAUCAAUUACAAAGUAAAGAGCUUUAUGUUGAUUGGAUUGCACCUAACGAUCGAUUGACAGUCUUAAAUCAAGAUAGAAGAUUGAUAAAUCAAGACAAAUUUUUAGCUCUUGUUUCUAACAAUUCUCAAAUUCAUUGUACGCUUGAAGAGAUUGUUGGGAAAGCUUGGAAUACUUACACUCAUUCUGCCUUUUUACAUCAAUACAAAAAAUUUGGAUUGGAAGAAAAUGACUUCUUGGAGGCAUUUGCAAAAGUCGAAAAUGUGAUAAAAGAUUACGAAAGUUUAUAAAAUUGAUCAAAUUUGAAAGUCACACAUAAAAAAACAAACAAGUGCCAUUGUACACAAUUGUUAUAUUUUUGUAAAUAAGAUUUACAAUGUUUUUUUUUUAUGAAAAUGAAUUUGUAAAAAGUUAAUGUAAAUGAACUUGCCUUUAUAAAUUACGUGUAAACUGUUCAUUAUCUAGUCUAUUUGAAAUGUCGUCGAUAAAUUAGAAAUCGACUUUUAAUCAAAUCGACUCUGAUCGCAGUGUUAUAAAUUAAUUGCUUUUAGCGUGUGUUUAUGCGUGUGUGUCUGUGCGAGCAGCUAUCAGCGAUAAUAUUUUUAUUAAAUUUUACGUUGUUUUAUUAAAAAAUAAACUAUGCACGCAUGUUCUGCUGCUUCACUUAUUUUUUUACACAUUAUGUAAAUAUAUUAUAACGCGGUCGAAAAAACUUAAUCAUCGACGAAAUGUGCUUGUGUGAAUUGCGGGCUUUUUACGCGCUAAAAGUGUUGUACAACGUUCGAAAUGAAUUGAAUGUAAUUAACGAUUAAAACCAAAAAAAAAACAAUAACAAUAUUUUCAACCAACGCUUCCCGAAUGAACGAAAAAGUAAAUUGUACCAAUUUGUCGAACCAAUAAAUAUAUUUAUGUAUCGAAACUGAA